AUGCUCACGAAAGGCAAUACCAAGAUGCCUCCAUCUCUUCCAGAAUCCUACGCUGCCCUUCCAACAGAGCAUAUCAAACUCUCACAUGUUCCCCCUUCGUCCUCAACGCCUACUCCAGUGCUGCUACUCACCUUAAACCGGCCGGAGAAGCUCAAUGCUUACACCGAGCAAAUGUCCAAGGAGAUAGCUUCCGUGCUCGGCAUGGUUGAUAUCGACGACCGUGUGAAGGUCAUAGUGCUGACAGGUUCAGGAAAAAAGGCAUUUUGCGCCGGUGCAGAUUUGGACAUUGGAUUCGGGGGAAUGGGAAAAGGUGGCGCUGCAGCCAGAGAAAAGGACCACAGAGAUGGUGGCGGCAGGAUAUCUCUGGCGAUACACAACUGCCGCAAGCCAACCAUAGUGGCCAUUAAUGGUUCAGCCGUUGGUGUCGGCAUUACCAUGACACUGCCAGCUACCAUCCGCCUAGUCACGGCGGGGGCCAAAAUCGGGUUCGUAUUUUCUCGCCGUGGCCUGAUAAUGGAAGCCGUAUCGUCCUUUUUCCUACCACGGCUCAUCGGCUACUCCCGUGCACUUCACAUCACUACCACUGGCUCCACGUACCCGGCAGACCACCCUUUACUGAAAGACCUGUUUUCAGAGAUUCUGUCCACGCCAGAGGCAACAGUGGCUCGCGCUCUCGAACUAGCUGAUGAUAUUGCACUGAAUACCUCGACAAUAUCAACUUCGUUGAUGCGGGAUCUCAUGUAUCGUGGCCCGGAUAGUGCGGAGGCAACCCAUCUGCUUGACUCGUCACUUAUAUACCCUCUCUUUGGCAACAAGGACAACGAAGAGGGAGUGAAAAGCUUUUUCGAGAAGAGAAGCCCACAGUUCAAAGGGUCGUUUAAUAACCCUAAUGAUGUCCCUGCUGCGUAUCCCUGGUGGAAGCAAGUUGACGUCUCUCCCCCAAAGCUCAACUCGAAGCUGUAA